AAUUUUUAUUGCGCUGGGUCAGUCUAAACUGUUUAUUUUCUGGGCUAGGACUUGGGAACUACGCGUCAAAAUAGUGCUGGAUUAACCUUUCACAGUUAGACGUCCUUGAAGUUGAAGUAAAAUAAUGCAAGGAAUCUACACGUUAGCGAGGAAUCGAUUUAAAUUAACCUGCAUCCAGAGAAUUCAAAAUCUAUUACAUUAUAAUUAUAUUCGGAAUGAUAUUUCACUAAUUUGCGGAAUGAUUAUUGUAAAUGAAUUCGAUUGUUGGGAUGAACGCUAUCCGGAAACACGCAUAUUUGGUUCUGUUAUGUGUUGUGCUAUUACUCUGAACAAUCUAUCGAAUUGUUUCUCUAACAUAGCGUCGCAAAAACAAUCGCAUCAUCCGCCUCUCAUCUUGCAUGAUACAUUGAAUACACAAACGAAUAAUCGACCACUGCAACUGGUCAAAACAUUCAACGACGGCAAUCGGCGCAGCAACGAUUUGAACACUUUAGCAGUUUAGCCCAUCGGCGAUGAACAUUGUUACAUCAACCGUUAACGAUUUGUUUAGUACAGUAGCUCUGACGCAAAAGUUCCGGCUAAAUCUGGCAUGUUGCUCAUACUUGUAAUGUUCGUGACUUGUAUCUAGCAGAUAUUAAAACACGUUGUUUAACCUGGUCUAUCCAAAAUUACUUUGAGGCUAUACAGCUACAUUUCUUUUCCAAGGUCUACAAGACGGGAGUUACAUCUCGUUAUUCAAGUCCAAUAUUAUACCGCCCCAUUUGUAUGUGUAUUCUAUUCUUUAACGCGUUCAUAUUCGGGCCUCUAUUAGCUACGUCAACAGGAAGGAAGUCCGUUACGCAAGUCGGUUACACGAAACGAGAAGAAGUGAUGUUGUUAUACGACUGAGUUGCAUCACAGUAUUCAUACUCUAGCAAAAUGGUCCGUGUUUCAUAUUGUUCUUACCGCUAACAAGUAUUUGAUUAGACACUUCUCUCAUAACGGCCUUUUCGUAAGCGUUAAAUUCGCUUUGACUCAUAAAACCACCAUUGAGAAAGCAUAUUAUACUGUCUGAUUCGCAAGACGUCUGUUUAGCGACCAUUCGAUUCACUUUGAUUUACACAACGGCCGUUUAUUAAGCAUUUAAAUCACAGUACGACUGUUAACAGAGAGCAUUCUAAUUCUCAUCAUCGUGUUCGGUUAACGUCGUAUAGAAGUUGUCAAAUCUGCUUGCUGAAAAAUUUUCAUUUUGCCUAGAUCUAUAGCCAUUUUAUCAAACGUCUAGCUAUGAAGCCUUUGAAUGUCCAUUAUUAAACCGAGUCAUCUUUCACAAUUUGUAACGAAAACGGCAGAUAUAUCAUCUUCUGUCAAUUAAAUGAAACUCGUAUAUUUUAAGUCACAAACUCAUGAAAACGUUUACGAACAUCUUACUGAUAUCUGAUUCCAUUUCUUUCAUUCUUUCUUGUAAAAUAUGCUCUUUGUUCCAGAGUGUUUCUGUUGUCCAUCUUGAAUCUUCUUCAUGUUAGGCUUUAACGCUGUUGUUUGAUGCUUAGAGUUCUUCGGAAGAAUUUUUUCGCGUAUUUAUUCUCAAUAAUUUCUCUGUUUCGAGGUAAAUUUCUUCGGUGAUCAUCAGAUUUUUAUUUGAAUCAACUACAUGCAGGAAUGACUCAGGUUACUAACACAACAGGUACGAAGCUGGGCAUUCCAGAAAAUGCACUGUGCAACUUCAGGUGCCAAUAUGUCGUGGAAAAUAUUGGUAAGAAUGUGAUGCAACUGGUCAUCCAGUGGUUGGGGGGAAUUGAAAAUAUGAAUAUUAAAGAGAGACUCGAACGAUGUCCUGGAUUCACAGACAAGAAAUAUAGGCGCGAGUUCAACGAAGAGCAGAGAUCUAAAAUCGACAAAAAUGCAGACCUGAGUGGAUAUGACAUCACUCUUUGCUAUAAGCUGGCGCAGAGGAUUUGUGGUUUGAGCUCAAUCUCCGAUCGCAUGUGGAAUUCUGAUAGUUCCUCAUGUCCUUCUUUGGAAUUCAAACUCCAGUCUUUAAAAUCAAUCCGCAACGCCCUUGCUCAUGGGGGCAAAAUCUUUCCAGAAGAGUCACGAAUGACGAUCGAAAGCUUGAGCAAUACUUUUACUGAGAUUCUGUACGACGCGGGAGCACGAGCUUCCAUUGAUAAAGCUGUGAUAGAUGAAAAGAUUCGUGAGGUCAAAACGCAUAUUCAAGUUAUUUGCGGAAAAAUUCGGGAACCUCUCAAUCCAAACGACAGAGAACAUUUCCAGCGCCUGCAAGAUGAAGCAAGACUAUUCCAGUCACAGUUAAAAGUAGAAUUUCUGAAGCAAAGCUACAAAGAAAUUAAUGAUCUGUUCCAAAAGCUAUACAAAAUUGAACCAGCACCGUGGGCUCUUCAUCAACAGUACGAAGCGAGCCCAACUCAGGUGUUUGUGAGGGUUAAAGUUAGAGAAGACAAAGUGUUAUCAUCUAAAAAAGGGUUGCAUCAAACUCCAGAAGUACCUUGUGAUCAAAUCUUAGAAAUAAAAAAUCACGCAUCUGUGCUACCAGAUGUAAUUAUCCUAAGCGGAGAAGGAGGUAAAGGAAAAACUUCCCUCAUUAAGUACUUUUUGGAAGAGUACUUGAAGGGACCAGCAUGUGCGGUGCAAAGACUCGCUGAAACCGAGCUUGUGCUGUAUGUUGAAGCUAGAAAUGAUCAAAUUAAGUCAUUCAAUGAUUUGUUGAUACGCACUAUCCCAUCCACAUAUUUAAAUUUGACCGUAGCUUGCGACCAUCUUACGGACAUACUUAUGGGUGUUAACAAGCUGUUUCUGAUCGAUGGUUUUGACGAACACAAUCCUAUUUCGCGCAAUUUGGUGAAGGAGCUUGUAAAUCUUCCGGGCAAAAAUCGUUAUAUCAUCACAACCAGACCUACAUCGGUCGAAGACGUGAACAUGCUUCUUCCAGAUUCGAAAUCCAAACUCAACUUGCUGCUCCAAGGAAUCCCGGAAGAUCAACACGAGAACUUUGUACUAAAAUUGUUCAGAUCUCUUAUUGAGGAUGAAGAUAAAAUAAUCGAGUCCACCAAGGAACUCAUGAAGUGCUUACGACGAUUGAAGCAAACGCUGGGAGAGCAACUAAACACACCACUCAAUCUUGCACUGAUUGUGCUGCUCUACUCUGUUGCUCCCGAGACUGUGAGGAAUCUAUCCAGCUCAUUCGACCUCUACCAUGAACUUAGGUCGAUGAUGACCGAUAAAUUGGUUUUCCGCUUAGUCACUUGCACUGAUCUCACAGAGUCACCUGUCAAUAAGAAAUGCAAGCGCUUCUUGCGUUUCUUUGACCAAACAUCAUUCAGAGCUUUCUGUCGCAAAGAAUAUGAGUUGCGCGACAACACAAAGGAAAAGUUUGAGUGCGUUUGUGAGGAACUGAAUCUACCUGAUGAUCUUGUUUUAUCCUCAUACCUCAACACAAAGAGAUCUCUUCGGGGCAUUGGAUCACAGAAAGUUUAUACCUAUCAGCAUCUCAUGAUGCUCGAGUUUGCCGCUGGAUGUCAUUUAGCUAGAGAAGUCAUACAGUAUGUGGAGAGCUUGCAAUUGACAAUUCCGGAAAACGCAAUCCAAUCUAACACUGACCGCACCCAUCUCACCGACGACGAAACAGAUCAGGACGAAUGUAUCAAAUCGCCUCCGAAAGAGGAAAACAAAAUGUCUGAAUUUUCUGGACUCUCUCCGGAGAAGGCAACAAAGACAGGCGACUCAGUCUUCAAACCUCGACGCAGAAAACUUUCUGUAAGCAACAACAUAAUAUGGAAAGUAAUUCAAAAAGAAUACCCGAUAAUCUCAAGCUGGAAUGAAAAUCAACGUGAAGAUUUCAUCAGCCGUGCUCAAAACGUGUUAAUGUUCAUGACCGGUGCCAUCAGAGCGACAAAUAAAGAACAUCUCGUCUCGAUUGCCAGCGACAUUGUUCAGCUUGUGGACGACGAAGAAACCACAAACGGCCAACCAUACACUGAUAUUCUCAUGAAACUUGUGGCAGAAUCCGGAAACGACGAACACAUCAUAAAAUUCGUCGCAGUUGAAGUAAAUCAAUUAACAAAGAAAAAGUUCUGCAUAGUAAAGGAGAACAGCCUGGGAAUCUUUCACCAAAUAUUACGGGUCACUUGCCCUGAGAUGAUUGCCAUUGACAUCUGCACCGACCCGCAAUUGGUUUUUGAGCUUAAUGAAGUGCUUCAAACCAUCUCUAAGCAAAUGGUUAAGAAGCUGUCGCUUGUCUUCAGACACAUGUAUCAUGAUGGGCAUCCCGGCGACUGUGCCCCUUUUCUUGUCCCUCUAAACGGCAGCACUACUUGCGAACUUGCUGAAUUCUGGGGUGCACUAAGCAACGAGGGUCUCGACAUCCUUCCAGAAUGCUUGGGGGUCAUGAACUUGAGAUUACCCCCUGAACAAAUUGGCUACCUCAACCAAUCCCUAGAUCGACUUCAGCUGUGGAGUUUAGGCACGGUAGUGAACCUCAGUCACCGGCCUGAUCCCACCACAAUCGAAGCCGUACGGUUCAAAGGACCCCGCCUUGUGCUCCUCAUAUCGGCAGUUUUGCGCGACUGUGCCGACGACAUCGAGUGGGCGUUAGAUGCUCUCGAAAACUUGUGCCCUGAAGAUAGAAACAAGCAAGUUACCAUCUUUGGUUAUUGGGAUACCAAAUUGACGUACACAGGCGCUGUGCUGCUGCUCGAAGGCCUGCAUAGGCGCGGCUUCGUUGCGUUAGACUUCGUGGUGAUGAGAUCGACUGAACUUAUUCAACAGGCCCAGCAGGACGAACUCACCAACUUGGCUCAUAGUCUGGGACAGAAAAAGUUUUUGAUCAUCAAGGACCCGUGAACACCUCGCUAGGGAUGGUUGGAAGUAAACUUGAUUUUGUACC